AUGGAGGCGGCCGGGCGGCGGGAGCUCCCGCGGGGCGGCCCCGGCCAGAGGGCACGGGUUGAUGCAUCUGCUGCCGCUGAACAGGAGGAACUUGAAGUGGUGAAGACUUUCAACUGGAAGCCUGGGAAAGAUAUAGGAGACUAUGUGACAGAGGAAGAGAGAGUCAUUCUUGAUGAAGUCGAAGAUGUAGAGUUCGAUGCUGAAGACUUUGAGAAUGAAGACUACAGUGUGCCCAUAGAUGCAUCCCAUUAUGAGGCAGAAGACUGGGAUAAAGAACUGGCAGAGAGUGAAUGCAGUAACAACCCUUAUGAUUUUGACGAUGUGAUCUUCUGUGGUAAUGUGGCAUUAUGUUCUGUUCAAGAAGAGCCUCUGUAUGACCCAAGCUCCCACCAUGUAGCGCCAGUAACUCUGAGAGACCGAAAGACCAUAUCAGUGGAUGGCCAGUUUGAUGAUGCUGUUAACUAA